AUGGUAUCACUUCCGCGUAACGGGAUCAAAACGGCCAUGGAGAAGGAGUUGAACGCGCCUGUGCUUUGUGCUGCAUGGGCCAAAAACGGGCAUAUAAUCUGCGGUGGUGGAGGUGGCAAUCGACACAUUGGAGCCGCCAACUUUCUUGUUGUCUUGAACUUUGACGCUGAUUCCCUGCGCCUCAGUGAUCCGCUCUAUACGUUUGACACGGACGAUGAAGUUCCCAACAUUUUGGCCGUCCAUCCCAACGGAACCGACUUUAUGUGCUCCUUCAUUGCUAACCGAAGGCAGACCGAUUUUUCACGAUUAUAUGUUGUGGUCCUACUGAUCUUGUACAGACACGAUGGAAAAUUGGAGAUUUUGAGGCUCUUUUGUGACGAAGAGGAAGGGAAGCGUAUAGAAAUUGCUGCUGAUAGGGAACAACUUCAAGCUUUGAAACAUGUCAACGAGCAGUCCGCCUUGAAAUUUAGUCGGGAUGGGAGCUUUCUCGCAAUGGGUGGAAAGCUUGUUCUUGACAAGCCGCACAAGGCAGACAAAGGGAUAAGCGAUCUGGAUUUCAGGGAUAACUCUUGUCUGGCGGUGACGGUUGAUGGGCGAGCUUGCGAGCUAUGGGAUCUCACAAAGAGGUCCCAAAUAAGCACGAUUCCUCUUCCUGGAGCAACGUUUGGCCGCUUCUCUCCAGGCGAUACAAACCUUCUCCAUUUGGUAGCCCAAGGAUCGGUGCCCGACCUUCUAGCUGCAAUAUUCGCGAUUGCAGCCACCGCGGGUAUCGGGGCGCUUUGCGUGUACUUACACCAAUAA